AUGUCCAUUAUGUUCUUGUCACUGUCGAUUGCAUUGAUUAGACUCAGAUGCGUGAGGUUGAGCAAUCGCGAUGUAAGCCUCAGAGUGGCCGGUGUGAUAUCGGUCUUCAACGAGAAGACAUUAACGUUUGACACAUCGAUGUUGUCAAACUGA